AUGACGAACAAGGUCGGAGAGCGUCUGGCUCACCUCAGAACAGGCAAACUGAGAUGUCGUUCUCGUGGGGCUCGUUUGCUUUUGCUCGGUGGGCAUGUUCCUGUCCAUGACCAACCUCGGAGCGGGUGGUCUGAACAACAUUCAUCUCACCAAUAUCGCGAACGCCGUCCUGUAUGCUAUGUUUGCUGUCUCGUUUCGGGCUCUAUCAACAACAUUCUGGGUCCUCGUCUGACCCUCUCUAUCGGUGCCACCGGUUAUGCGCUUCAAGUGGGUUCGUACCUCGCGUACAAGGAACGGAAUGAGACCAGCCCUUUCGUGAUUGUGGCAGGAGCAUACCUUGGCUUCACGGCCGCCAUGCUCUGGUCCGCGCAGGGCGCCAUCAUGAUGGCUUACCCCAUGGAGAAAGACAAGGGUCGGUCGUUCUCGCUGUUCUGGGUCAUUUUCUCCAUGGGUGGCGUGGUCGGUGCUUGCAUUGCACUUGGCAUUGAAGCGAGGUCAACUCACGCGACGGUCUCGACACCCGUCUUCGUUGCCUUCAUCAUCGUCAUGUGCUGCGGUAUCGGAAUCGCGUGGCUGAUCCUGCCGCCCAACCUCGUGGUGCGAGGAGACAAGACAGUUGUGGAGAUCCAAGCUUCGAUCUCUGUCAGGCAGGAGAUUCGCCAUUUCAUCGCCCUGUUCAAGGACUGGCGCAUGCUCUUCCUAUUCCCCAUGUUCUUCACUUCGAACUACUACUACGCCUACCAGGGUUCGAUCAUUGCGUUCAUGUUCAAUGCGCGCACCCGUGCUCUCGCAUCUCUGAUCACACAAGUCGGCGCCAUGACCGGCGCAACCCUAAUCGGCACCAUUCUCGACCGCGCACCUGGCACGCGCCGCACAAGAGCGCUUGUGGCAUGGACGCUCACGCUCAUUCUCGAGCUGGGCGUGUGGAGCGGCGCAGUCGCCUGGCAAGUGCAGUUUAAGCGGACGGAGCCGCACCUGAACAUGGACUGGUCGAACGGUCGCGCCCCGGGACCGCUCCUGCUGCUGCUCGGCCUCACCAUCGUCGACGCCUGUUUCCAAGGCCUCGCGUACUACAUCAUGUCGUCCAUGACGAACGACUCGUUCCGCCUUGCCCGUCUUAGUGGCUUCUACAAGAGCAUCCAGUCCGCCGGCGCCGCAGUAUCGUACGGCAUGGAAGCUGUUGCCACGCCGUACCUCACCGAGCUCAUCGUGUCGUGGAUGCUCAUCCUCUUCUCCCUGCCGAUGAGCUUGCCCGUCAUCUUGCGCAUCAAGGACUCGAACUACAUCGAGGAGCAGCCGGUGCGCGUCGAGGAUAUCAACAGCGUCAAGCUAGACGACGCACCCGCGGAACCCGCAGCCGUGCCGAUGCUUGCGGAUGACGUGAAGUAG